GUUAUUUAUCUAGCAUUCUAACAAACUACUAGCUAGCGAAGAGCAAGAUGGAAGAACUAAAGCCAAUGCCACCAAACUCAUGCCCCUUUACACCCAUAGGCUUCCUGGAAAGAGCUGCCACUGUUUAUGGUGAUUGCCCAUCCGUCAUCUACAACAGCACCACUUACACGUGGUCUCAAACCUACCGUCGAUGUCUCAAGGUUGCAUCUUCGCUAUCAUCCAAUGGCAUCAAGCCAGGUCAAGUGGUUUCCGUUGUGGCCCCUAACGUUCCUGCCAUGUAUGAGCUUCAAUUUGCCGUGCCCAUGUCUGGUGCCAUCCUCAACAACAUCAACACCCGUCUUGACGCUCGGACCAUUUCCAUACUCCUGCGUCACAGUGAGUCAAAGCUCGUCUUCGUUGAUUAUUUGUCCCUUCAUGUUAUUCUAGAAGCCCUCUCUUUGUUUCCACCUGAGACUCCAUGCCCUGCCCUCGUUCUCAUUACGGACGAGGAGGAAGAAGCACCGCCACCACCAUCACUAUCCGUAGACUUUUGUACUUACGAAAGCAUGGUGGAGAAAGGAGAUCCUGAGUUCAAGUGGGUCCAGCCACAAAGUGAGUGGGACCCGCUUGUUUUAAACUACACCUCAGGUACUACCUCAGCUCCUAAAGGUGUGGUACAAUCCCACAGAGCAACUUUCACCAUAACCAUUGGAUCCUUGAUUGAUUGGAGCCUACCAAAACAAGCAGUGUAUCUGUGGACCCUGCCGAUAUUUCACGCCAAUGGGUGGAGUUAUGCAUGGGGUAUGGCAGCUGUUGGCGGGACCAACAUCUGUCUUCGUAGAGUGGAAGCCCCUACGAUCUACAGCUUGAUCAAAAGGCACGGGGUCACUCACAUGUGUGGCGCACCUGUGGUGCUAAACAUGCUAACAAACUCUCCCAACGCGGAACGCCUACAAAACCCAGUGCAAAUUUUAACCGGGGGAGCUCCACCUCCAUCCGCCGUGCUGUUCCGGGCAGAGUCACUUGGUUUUGUGGUGAGUCAUGGAUACGGUUUAACUGAAACAGCAGGGCUGGUCACUUCGUGUGCCUGGAAACCAAAGUGGAAUACAUUUCCAGCAAGGGAGAGAGCAAUACUAAAGUCAAGACAAGGUGUUCCGAUUGUUGGCUUCACCGAGAUGGGCGUUGUGGAUCCCAAUACAGGAAAGAGUGUGGAAAGAGAUGGGGUAUCACUUGGUGAAGUUGUUUUGAGAGGUGGGAGCGUAAUGUUAGGUUACUUUAAAGAUCCAUUAGGCACGUCGAUGUGCAUGAAAGAUGGUUGGUUUUACACGGGAGAUGUGGGUGUUGUGCACUCAGAUGGAUAUUUAGAGGUCAAAGAUAGGUCCAAAGACGUGAUCAUUAGCGGUGGAGAGAAUAUUAGCAGCGUAGAGAUCGAGUCUGUGUUGUAUACACAUCCUGCUGUUAACGAGGCAGCUGUGGUGGCUAGGCCUGAUGAGUUCUGGGGCGAGACACCGUGCGCAUUUGUGAGUUUGAAAAAUGGUUUGGCUAACAAACCUGGUGAGAAAGAUAUAAUUGAUUAUUGCAGGGAAAAGAUGGCGCAUUAUAUGGUACCAAAAAUCGUGGUGUUCAAAGAUGAGCUUCCAAAGACAUCAACUGGGAAGAUUCAGAAGAAUUUGCUCAGAGAAUAUGCCAAGGUCGUGGAUUCUUCGAAGGUAAAAAUGGCAACCGGACAGGUCGGGAGUGGUUUUUAUCUGCCUCUAACUUCUCCUAGAUGGCUUCAAAGACCCUUUAUUCCCACCCCAUACCCCGUCAAGGCCGUAAACAUCCUUAUCCCCACUCCCAUCUCCACCUCCAUUUGCAUUCCCAUUCCCCGUUGUCGUCCCGUCUCUCUGUACAACUCCAGUCGAAGCACAUUUUUUGCCAAAAAAAGAGGUUCUGAAAUAUUCAGUAUCUUUCAAAAGAACCAAGGAACAGUGCUCCAUCAGCCACAUCAUUCGUGCAACACUCAUGCUCGAUUCCUCUGAGCUUCAAGAAUAAUUCUUGAAACUUAAGAGGAAGUUGGCGCAACGGCCUUCCCAUCUGCUCCAAAUUGGUACUAUCCUAUAAAUUGCGAUAUGUUUUUUGUGUGAAAUCCUACAUUUUCCUUUGAUGGACUUGUCAGUUAUUCCAUACCGAAACAGCUAUCAUGUCUCUUUCAAUCACCACGUACGACACGAUCAAGAGAUGGUAACGCGCGCAGCAUGUAAUAGCCUUUGUCCACACACGAUCAAGAACAGUUUCGUAUUUGUCUUCGACUAGCUUAAGUUCUUGAUUGGUACAGGUUAAUCCUGUUGAUCUUCACCAUUCUCUUGCAACAUAAAUUGUCAUUUGAAAUUAAUAAAUUUGGUCAAGUUUUUAGUGUC